UACGACAAGAUUCUUCAUACUUUGGAAAUCAACUCGGAUGACGACACGCCAGAGUUUUGGACGUCCGUCAACCAUGGCUCCGACUCCUAUAGUGUGGAUGACAGAGUCAUGACCCGCUUACCUUCAUCUAACACUGAGCAUGGAUUUGACAAUACCGCACAAUCGAAACAAGACCAUGUCGAUCAUUUGGCGGCACACCAGAACAUGAUUUACAAAUCCAUUUUAGUUCUGUUGAAUGCAACUGGAAAUGCUUUUGAGUUUUCCCUAAAGGGUUUUGCACAUUCGCGGUAUUAUUGGCCUCCCAUUACCUUCCCAUCUGAUGAACCACAUUUGUUCUAUGAUUGGUCUAUCAUUGAGGCAAUGGGAUACAUCACCUCCGAUGAUGCAAAUGGAAAAUUGCUUCAUCCGCCCCCACGCAUGUUUCCAAGUUUCUCUACCUCUGGGAAAUCCUUGUGCGAUCGUGAUUUUGUUUGGGAGUCCGACAAGCUGCCUCCCGGAUCAAUCUUGAUUCCACUACAAGAAGCAGUGACCAUUUACCACUCUCUUCAUGGUUCAGGUACUCCAUUGAUAUUGGAACCUAACCGUCUAUACUGGAUUCCAAGUCAUGUGGUGUUGGGGGGGUCGAACGACCUAAUUCCGGAUGAAUAUUAUGAUUCCCAGAAUCCUCUGCCACUGAAGCCUGUGUUGCGGCUAUCGUUCUUCUCCACUUUGCAUCCCGUGGAUAGAAGUUUGACGACAGUUCCCAAUUUUGAUUUUAACAUCAAAGAGUAUUUUCCUUCCGAACACGCACAAUAUGUGCCUCACGAUAUACAGGGUGGGAUGUUCAAGUCGGCAACAAAACACAUUGGAAAACUGUUGAAGAGUGGUGACAGCAACAAUAUCACACGUGCCGGGGAUUUGAAAAAGUAUUGCGAGGAUGUGAUCAAGUUGUUGAGUCAGGACAAAGCUUCCAGUCAGGAAAAGGCGGAGGUCCAAGCGCCCAUUCAGGAGGAGGUUCAAGCACCCAACCAGGACAGGGUCCAAGCGCCCAAUCAGGAGGAGGUCCAAGUGCCCAGUCAGGAGGAGGUUCAAGCGGAGGUCCAAGCGCCCAUUCAGGAGGAGGUUCAAAUUAACUUGUUUGAGUAUUUCCCCAAACAGUGGGGAUGCACUAGCAAACAAAGCACCAGGAUGUUUCAGGGUAGCUUUGAUUCUUUCCUGUCUUUCUUGUCUGGCCAAGUCUGCGGCGGCAGGCACGUCGCCUUCGAUAGAUGUAUCACCACCGUCACCGUCACCGUAAUCACCAUAAUCAAAACUAGAAACAUCGAAAGAGUCAAUGUCUUCAUUGGCCCGAACUUCUGA